ACUCUGGUGCUGGGCUUGGUCAUGGAGGUGGAUGUUCAUGGUUUUGGACUCUAUUUAACCUGUUCUUUUGUGAUCACGUUCUCUCUUACACCGCUCCAAACUGAGAAAAUUAGCAACUGCGAAUUAGAUAAAAGGAUGAAGCAAAUAAAGGAUGAAACUCCAAUUGGAGCUGCAAAGACGAAACAAGCUGUCGUGCCGCCACCUCCACCACUUCCACUUCCAAGGUUCUGGGUUAAGAAAACUGUUGUAGUGAGUGUGACCAAUCUAGAGAUUGCCAGAUUCUGGAGGCAGAAGCGCAUUGAGGAAGAAGAUCAUCUCCUUGCUGCAAUCAAGGCUGCAGCACGUUUAAGGGCCCGCAAUCUUUCAGAGGAAGACUACAAGUGCUUUGAAGAGUCCUUGAUGGAUGCGGAUGAAGAUGCCAAGGAUAACAUUAACACCACUGCAGCUACCAAUGACAGCAAGAAAGAUGAAAAGAGUAAUGAAAUUCGAGUGGGAAUCAAGGACUGGUGGACAAAAAGUAAGUAUGCAUACUUAAACCAGCCAGCCAUGGAGUCCCUUGAACCACCCAAAAGAAGAACUUCCACUUACACUCCCAAUUGUUUCUCUUACAAGCCUACUCCCCUGCAUGCCACCUCUCUUGGCGUGUUUUAGACCAUUGGAGAUGCUUCAAUUGAUUGUAUUUUCUUUACAUUUAUGUCGGUUAUACUUGAAAGUUGUGUUCUUUUCAACAAGCAUGCUGUCGUAUUGUUAUUACUUCUGGGCAAAUCCCAGAGAAUUGAAUUGAAAUCAGUCUCCAUUUGCUGAUUUUGUUGUGUAAAGUGUAAAGCUGCAAGACAUUAUCAGUCGGGUGUGUUCCACAA